CAGGGAAGUGGCCUAACUUCUCGGAGCAGGUGUCUUCAGAGGAGCUCAUUGGAGGCGUGAGGAGGGAAAAUUUCACAUUCUGCAUUUCCCUCUUUACCUCCUUGCGUACUAAACAUUUAGAUGUUUGCAAAAAUGGUUUCCAAGUUGACGUCUUUGCAACAGGAGCUUUUGAGCGCCUUGUUGGACUCUGGAGUUACUAAAGAUGUGCUUCUGCAAGCUUUGGAAGACCUGGACCCAAGCCCGAGCGCUUAUGGAGUUAAACUGGACAGUCUUCAGAUGUCGCCCUCCGGUUCCAAACUCAGUGAUACGGAUUCAAAGCCGGUGUUUCACACGCUGACCAAUGGACACAGUAAAGGGAAGUUAUCAGGAGAUGAGGGCUCAGAGGACGGGGAUGAUUAUGAUACACCGCCGAUACUGAAAGAGCUGCAGUCUCAAAACACAGAGGAGGCAGCCGAGCAGAGGGCAGAAAUCGAGCGAAUGUUGGCGGAGGACCCGUGGCGUGCGGCCCGUAUGAUCAAAGGAUACAUGCAGCAGCACAAUAUCCCUCAGCGCGAGGUGGUGGAUGUGACAGGCCUCAAUCAGUCGCACCUGUCACAGCACCUGAAUAAAGGCACGCCUAUGAAAACGCAGAAACGCGCGGCGCUCUACACCUGGUAUGUCAGGAAACAGCGGGAGAUCUUGCGACAAUUCAACCAGGCCACACAAGGCUGUGGCAGCAACAUGUCAGACAAAAGCAAUCAGGAUCAGGUGCUACUUUUUUUCCCAGACUUUACGCAGUCUGGGCAGGGUAUGGUGCAGCCAGGGGAGGAUGCUGCCAUUGAACCUGCUUGCAAGAAGCUCAGACGCAACCGCUUCAAAUGGGGGCCUGCAUCCCAGCAGAUCCUUUACCAGGCUUACGAACGGCAGAAGAACCCCAGCAAAGAGGAGAGGGAGGCACUGGUAGAGGAGUGCAAUCGGGCUGAGUGCCUCCAGAGAGGAGUAUCGCCAUCCAAAGCUCACGGGCUUGGCUCCAACCUGGUCACGGAGGUGCGAGUCUACAACUGGUUUGCCAACAGGAGGAAGGAAGAGGCUUUUAGACAAAAAUUGGCUAUGGAUGCCUACAGUGGGCCAACACACAGUCUGAACUCCCUCCUUUCACACAGUUCCCCACAUCACCCACAAGCCAGCAGCUCCCCACCAAGCAAGAUGCAAGGUGUCCGGUACAGCCAACAAGGUCCUGGUGAAGUCAGUUCCUCCUCGACGAUCAAUCACCAUAGCAGUAAUGCCAUGGUAACCAGCCAGUCAGUAUUACAGCAGGUGUCUCCGGGUGCACUGGACCCCAGUCACAGUCUCCUGUCACCUGACGCCAAGAUGAUCUCUGUAUCAGGUGGAGGUCUUCCUCCAGUCAGCACCCUAACCAACAUCCAUGCAUCUCACCAUGUGCAUCAACAGACCCCCAACCUCAUAAUGCCCCUCUCUGGAGUCAUGGCCAUCGCACAAAGUUUGAACACGUCGCAGGCACAGACGGUACCUGUCAUCAACAGCGUUGCAGGCAGUCUGGCAGCGCUGCAGCCGGUGCAGUUCUCGCAGCAGCUAAGCAGCCCACACCAGCAGCUCAUGCAACAGUCAACCGGCCACAUGAGCCAACAGCCCUUCAUGGCCUCCGUCUCACACUCACACAUGUACUCACACAAGCAGGAGCCACCCCAGUAUUCUCACUCAUCUCGGUUUCCCCCCACCAUGGUGGUGACAGACGCCAACAGCCUCAGUACACUGAGUUCAAUGUCCUCCAGCAAACAGUGUCCGCUGCAGGCCUGGUGAGCAUGUACACCUGACUUACUCGAUGCCUAGCAACAGGAGCACAUCGUCCUUACCUUCAUUCCCCCUCAUCGUGCCCGUAUCUGUGGCAACCCAUAACAUGUGCUCGCGGCACGUUGGAUGAUGAGUUAGUCAAUAAACCGGGGGCUGCAAUGGAGGGCAAAACCCACAGGAACGGACACUGUCAGGUUGUUUUGUUUCAUCUUAGGGAGACAAGAAGUCUGGCUCGGACGAUCAACAAGGGUACACACGUUAGUGACAGUAUUUUACUUCUCAGUGAUGGACGAACCAUAUUAAUGAACAUGGGUGAUCCUGAAGAACAAACAAAUAGGAAAACAUGGUCAGACAAAGCUACAGAUACAAAGAUGCACCAGAAAGGAAUGAAAAGACACCUGCUUUCCAGCCAGUUCCUGGAAUAAGAGCACAGUAUGUUUCCAGAUAUGCUCAGUGAAGACAUUAUAAUUGAACUGUGUGGAUCCAAUGACAAUCAGCCAAUGUUAGAAGCAUCUGUAAGGGUUUAUGUAAUGUAUAACUGUGAUGCAAAGACGUCUUCCGUGAGAUCUGAAUGCUUAGACAAUGUUCUGUACAGUUGGAUGUAAAUACAAGCAAUUAUUAUAUCACUAUUAUUUCAUUAUUAUGAAGGAUGUAAAUAUUUGAUAGUGCUGUUUUAUCUGUCUAAACAUGUAAACUGUGAUUCAGGAUGUGACAAUCUAAGGAACAGGUAUGACGUAUUGGAAUAUGCAAUGUGAAGGAGUGAGCAGUUUCUAAAGGUCUUUUUCGACAACUUUGUUGACAUCAAAUCUUAAAAAUUAGAUAAAUGUUAAAGCACAUUCAACAAGACCUGAACCUAUUGAUCUACCUGUAAGCCUGGUUUUAAAAUAGACACUACUGUCAAUGUUGACUAUUUGCAUUAGUGUCGUCAGAUAGAUAAGGUUCACCUUUCUGUGCCAGCGUUCAGAUGGCGGAACUCAGUACAACAGACACCCAUCCAAGGAAUACUGGAUUAAUUUUACGGUCGAUCAGAGAGACAGAUAACUCUGUCUAAAUCUGCAUAGACGUUCACCAUCUUUGUGAUACCGAAGGGAACGGCCAUGAAUCAUGACGUGCUUUUCUAAUCUAAAUAUUGACCUACAAUCAAACUGUCAUUGUCAUGGUGGAGAGAUAUGUGAAAAAGAGCGUCCUGUUAUUGGACAGGGUAAUUGUUAUCAGUAGGAAUUUCAUAAAAGUUGGGAAAUUGAGCCCAUUCGCCAUUUCAAACAGUAUUAUUUGCUCACACAACUCCGAACUACCAGGAAGCAUUGUGAAAUAGUCUUUAUUGUGGCUUAUUACCUUGUUUUUUUUUUACUGGCAUAUACGUCCAUGAACUGAAAACUGACACUGUCAUUUUGGUAAACUGAAGAAACUAGUGCACACGUCCCUUUUUAGCCCCAUCUCAGAGUUUGAAUACUUGUCAAAAGGUCACUUCAAUGCUUUUUUUAAAAUGUUGUUGACUAUGUUCCCACUGCCAGUUGACCUGAGGUUACAGUGCUGGUUUAUUCUCCUGUUUUAUGCUGGAUUUAUACAAAAUGUGAUUCUUUCCACAUUGUAUUAUUUUUGUAUAAAAUGAAAUCAAUCUUUUAAAAUCACUAUUUAUGCUUUACAAAAAAAGUUUCAAGUAAAGUUUUUCUUGCUCAAGAUUGAUAA